UUUGAGCUCCGCCGCAUGCAGUUGCAGUCCGCGGUUUGGUACCUUUACCGACUGCACCAGAAAGCGAUUCAGAUAACGUAUCUGAUAGUUCUUACUUCUCGAGGUUCACCAACUUAGCUUGUGUGAAUGUCGACAAAUCCUCACGACAGUGCAUCCAAAGAACAACAAGGCAAUUCACUGUAUGCAGCACUCGCCAGGACUACCACAAGGGGAGUAGCACUAUACUUCUCUCGCCCGGUACGACUAUUUCGGCCUGCCAAAGUGAGCGGCUGGCACUCUCUUCGUGGUCAUGCUAAUAAGCACGGAACGACUCUAAGUGUCCAGUAUAUAUCCGCGCUCGUGAAGACCCAAGGUUUCAUGGUGAUUCCAAAACAUUUUGUGCCGCCAAUGGUCGCAAAUGCAAUGUUGGGCACUGUUCUGUGGACGACGUACACAGAAACAUCUAAUUACCUGGAAGCGCGCCUGGGGACGCAUCCAACUUGUGUCGCUGCGCUUUCAGGCGCUGCCGCUGGGGGCGUACAAGCCCUGGUUGCGGCUCCUGUAGAAAACACCCGCCUUAUUGUUGAGGGUGGCACCGGUAGAGGAUGGUCUCAUGCAUGGCAAGAAGUCUUCCGAGGAACCGAAUCCCCUAGAUCAGCCAGUAGAGCGGACAAUAUCAAAGAGAUGAGACAGGUGAGGCACUGGAUGAAGGAGGUUUCAGGGAUGGCUGGUCGGGGCUGGGACGGUUGGGGCUGGGGGUGCGCCAAAGAUGUUUGCGGCUUUGCUGCGUUCUUUAUGAUAUUUGAAAUCACUCGUAGAGUGGCGUUAGCUUCCAAAGCUGCAGCGCAAGGCACUAUCGAAAAUUUUUCAAUGGCCCCAGAGGAACACUUCUUCGGCCGCCAUUUUCCACGAACCAUCCAUGGCAUUACCUUAGUGGCUGGAGGGGCAUCGGCGGGUUUGGCAUACGAGAUCCUCAGCAGACCAUGGGACGUAACCAGGCGCAUAAUUCAACUAGAACGGACCGUUCAUCCCACUCAGAAACAUCUGCUGUCCGCGAUUGUGCACAGAAUUCGUGAGGAUGGAAUAAUUCAUUUUUUCCGUGAUCCUUCCACUGCGGGUAGCGAAAAACUGGAAAUGUCUACCACUCGUCGUCGGAUAUAUUCCGGCUUUCGAACUCUUGCUCGAGUCGGCCCAUGGGGGUUAGGCUUUUUGGUAUGGGAGGCUUUCGGACCGGGUUUGUCCUGACAGACCUACGUUCGCCAUAUGGAUAAGCAUGUAUCCCAGGUAUCCCAUGCAUGCAGGUUAUAGUCGCGCAACGUAACUCCGUUUUCUCACCGUGAUUCUCACCAUGAGUGGGCACCUUACUGGCGAUAGACACAGCAUGAUUUGCUAGUGGGCAGAGGCCGAUUCAUGCGCACAUUUUACCGAUAGACGCUAAUAACAGCUCAAGUGUUCUUACCUGCGAUGUUUCUGGCCAAGGGAAGUCCAACUCAAAAGGUCGAUCGUCUUACGUACGUACGAUCUUCGCACUGGUGGCUGUACAACAUCAACUUGUGGCACUGCAUUAGUGAGUACUAG